UAUUAAGUGAGUUUACACCUGUUCCACGCCACCCCUUAACGCUCCCUCCAUCACACCAGCACCCCCAUUGAUCCCUGCCUCCCUGGAUAUAGCUAAUAGCCUGGAAAUGGAGGUCGCCCAGAUGCAGCGGAGACGAGGUCAUUUGCCGGUUGGCCACAAGGUUGGAGGUGGCCCCUUGCCCCUCUCACAGCGUAACUAUGGUCAGAUGAGCAGCAGACUCAACCAGGGUCAUGCCACACAAUAUGUCACGUCAUCACAGGCCAGUCACCCUCCCCUGCCACACAACCCUCAGCUCAUGGUGCCACAGCAGCAGUGGCAGCCCCAGCCCCUGCAGCAGCCACAGCAGCAGCCUGACAAUAAUUGGGGGUGGGACAACUCUGGUGCUUGGAACUGGGAUGAGGGUGAUAAAGCCCCACAGCACCAACAGCAGCAACCACAGCAGUAUACCCAACCCCAUGGCUUCCCACAGCACCAACAGCCCCCACAGUCCAGCCCCCAGCAGUUUGGCAAGCCUGCAGAGAACACUACUUACCACCACAUGCAGCCCCCGCCCACAGCAAAUGUGCAGCCCCAGCCACCACCACAGCCGCCACAGCCACCGCAGACACCACAGUACAUGAACGGCAGCAGCCAGAAUGGGAACAGCACGGAUGAAUGGGGUAAUUGGGGUGACGACUGGGGCUCCUUUGAUAACGCCAAUAAUAACAAUGUAAAUAAUAACAACAACAAAACGACCACUUACACAAAACAGGAGAACACCACUGAGUCUCAGGAGAAUUACCGGUACCAGCAGCAGGUGUACCAGCAGCAGCAGCAGCAGCAACAACAACAACAACAACAACAACAACAACAACAACAACAGCAGCAGCAGCAGCAGCAGCAGCAACAACAGCAACAACAACAGCAUCAGCAACAUUAUCACCAACAACAGCAGCAGCAGCACCAUAACCAGUACACACCACAGCAGACACAGUACACACCACAGCUACCACAGCAGAGUCUUCACCCAGCCCAGCCUGCAGAGAACAGCCAGCCUCACUACCAGCAGCAGCAACAGCAGCAGCAACCACAGCAGGAGGCAACGCAGCAGCAGACAGAUGACAACUGGGGCUGGGACAAUGAUGACUGGCAGGUGAAUGGACAGGCUACUGAACAGCCACAGGAAACUGCUGCCCCACAACUCCCCCACAAGCAGGAAGCACGGAAGCUCAGCAGGGAGUCAGCAGGUCACAUCGAGAUGAGAGCUUCCCCUGCUGUGAACACUGCUGGUGCUGCAGGGGACGGCUGGCCAGACUGGGAGGAACAGACUCCGGUAACAGCAAGACAGGUGUCACAGCAAUCUCAGCAGCAGCAGCAGGACCAACAGAGCCACACAGCAGAGUCUGGGUCUUACCACAGUGGUGGGGAAGCUGUUUUGAGUCACCAGGAUGCAUCACAGUGGACUCAGCAGCAGUGGGAGACCUCCUGGGGACACGACACUCUGGAGGGAGGUGCUGACCACCACUCUGCCCACAUGACCAGUGCUGCUGCCACCACCACCACUGCUGCCGAGCCUCAGAGCUACCCCAAGUAUGACCCAUAUCAGCAAAAACAGGAUGCUGCAGGGUAUGAAGCCCCAGAACAGACUCCAGCACCACAGGAGCAGCACCACAGCACCAUGUCCACAGCCUCUGACAGUCACAUAGAGCAUGGUGGCACUGGCACCAUCACCACAAUGGCCACUACUGUGCAGCCGUCUACCAUUACCAUGAACAGUUUUGAUGAUGACAACUGGGGGGAUGGGUGGGGGGAGGUGGAAGCCCCACAAGCUACACCAGCCGCACCAGCACCACACACCACCACAGAGUCAGAUUGCCAGCCCCCUGAUGCUCCUGACUGCUCCCACCAUGGCCAUGCAGUGCAGCAGCCUACAAGCAUUGCUGAGAGUGCCCCUCACACCCACCCCAGUGACUUGAAGGAGGGUGCCACACACUUACCUGAGGAUAACAUCCCACACAAGGAGCCUGGCUUACCUACUUACACUACUGAAGGAACAGAGGCUUGGGAUAAUGCAUGGGAUGAGGAGAGCGAAAAGAUAAGCGAGCCGGUGACAUCCUCCGCGAGUGGCUACAGUGUUCAGGCCAUUGCUGAGGGAAUGACAGAAAUGAGUCUUACUCACCAGCCGACUGUUGAGGCAUCCUUUGCUCAUCCUUCAGCACAUCCUUCUGUGAGUGAUGGGUCCUUCUCUCAGCCUGCAGUCACCGAAGAGUCCUUCUCACACACUCCUGCCAGUGAUGGAGGACCCACCCCCCAUCACAUGCCUGCUGAAGACUCUGACACGCAGUCUGUGAUCCCUCAGGAGUCUUUCUCACAUCCACCAGUGGCUGAGGAGUCCUAUUCACAUCCUACAAGUGAUGAAUCUCCUCAUAUUACUAGUGAAGAACCUGCCUCUCAGCCUCACCACCCACCAGCCUCUGAAGGAUACCACCACCCACCACCCUCUGAAGGAUACCACCAUCCACCAGCUUCUGAAGGGUACCACCACCCAUCACCCUCUGAAGGAUACCACCAUCCACCACCCUCUGAAGGAUACCACCAUCCACCAGCCUCUGAAGGAUACCACCAUCCACCACCCUCUGAAGGAUACCACCACCCACCACCCUCUGAAGGAUACCACCAUCCACCAGCUUCUGAAGGAUACCACCACCCACCACCCUCUGAAGGAUACCACCAGCCACCACCCUCUGAAGAAUACCACCAUCCACCAGCCUCUGAAGGAUACCACCAUCCACCAGCUUCAGGAGAGUAUCAUCCUGCAACUUUGGAAGGAUCUCAUCACCCACCAACUUCAGAAGGAUACCAUGAUUCUCGAACUUCAGGACAUCACCAUGCACCAACCUUGGAAGGAUAUCACCAUCCGUCAGUGUCAGAAGAACACCAGCAUCCAUCAGCUUCACAAGGGUAUCAUCAUCCGCCAGCUUCAGAGGGCUACCACCAUCCAGCAGCCAGCGAGGGCAUUGAAACUCAGCCGCCAGAUAGCACGCCAGCACCACCCACCACUCACCCAUCAUCCAUCUACUUAGAACAGGAGGCGGAAUUAGCCGAGAGACCUGCAGAGCCACACAGCCAGCCAGCACCUCAACCACUGCCAUCCGCUCCUCCACAGCCUUCCACCCACUACCUCCCACAGGAGCCUCAGGAACCCACACCACAUCCACAGCACAUCCAUGACCCACACAGGCUGAAGGAAUCACCACACACAAGCCCUCAUGCUCCACCGCACACCCAUCACCCAUCCCCAACUCCAAGCCCUUACGUUCCACCUCACACCCAUCACCCCUCUCCCUCCCCCAGCCCUCAUGCUCCACCCCACACCCAUCACCCCUCUCCCUCCCCCAGCCCUCAUGCUCCACCCCACACCCAUCACCCCUCUCCCUCCCCCAGCCCUCAUGCUCCACCCCACACCCAUCACCCCUCUCCCUCCCCCAGCCCUCAUUUCCCAUCUCACACCCAUCACCCCUCCCCUUCCCCAAGCCCUAACAUCCCAGCACACACCUAUAUCCCAUCCCCAUCCCUCAGCCCUAUUACCUCAUCAGGUCAUGCCCAUCACCCCUCACCAUCCCCAAGCCCCCAUGUCCCUGCUCAGCCCCAUCACUCCCCAUCUCUCAGCCUCUCACAAUCUCAGCCCCAUCACGAGGCACCAGUUCACGACAUGAAUAUGGAAGUUGCACCACCACCACCACCACCACCAUCCCAGACCCAUCAGACCCAUCCAGCAUCAGACCCCAUCUACUCAAGGAUACCUGAUGGGGCUUCUUCUAUACCCGAGGAACCGUCAGCCUCCACAGGAAUGGUGAGUGAGAGGCAAGGUGAAGGUCAGAGUCAGACAGCAGAGGCUCCUAGGCAGGCCGGGCCAGUGGGCGGCAGUGGUGGCGUGCCAGAGGGGUCAGUGGAGCACCAGGCCACUCCACACCCCCCUCACCCAGCACUGGAGCGCCCUGCCUCCAACCAGUCAGCACAUUCGGUCCACUCGGUCCACUCUGUUCACUCGGUCCACUCAAUCCACUCAGCCCACUCCGGCCACUCCAGCCACUCCAUGAUGCUGAACCAAGAGGUGCCGCUGGAUGAGGUGGCAGAAACACAGUCAUCUGCGUCAUCCAGCAGUCAGCAGGGAGAGCAAGCAGUAGUGUCAGGUGCAGGUGGUGCUAGUGCCCCCAGAUCUUCAUGGGAGGGUGCCACUGUGCCAUCCUCUCUCCCACCCACUGUGCCUCAGUUCCCCGGGCCUCACGGUGCAGUGCCGAGCCUCAAGCCACGGAAAGGUAGUCCCUUCCAGCCCCCAGCAGGCAAGGACUUGCUCCCUCCCUCCUCUGUGCCUCAGGGUUAUCAGUACUUCACUCCUUCACAGCCUUCUGCAGGUGAAUCUGUGCCUGCCAAGCCUCCUGCUCCUUAUCCAGAUGUAGGUGCCAACUUGGAGACACUACCAGAUAAUAAUGAGCUCCUCAGCAGUGCCACAGAGCAGCCCAGCCCGUCCCUGUGGUCCACGGCAGACAGCAUGACAGGUGUGAAGCUGACUGUUGCUGCUCCACCCCUUGAUGCCACCCCAGCCCCAGCAGCUCCCUUGGCACAGGCCCCUCCCCCCACCAAUGCCAUCCCUCUAGUGGUGCCUGGGCUUGUCAAGGAGGACAGGCCCAAGGAGGCACCCAUGGCACUCCAGCAGCCUUCCCGGGGUAUGCACUCUGACCCUCCAGCAGCCCACAGUGCCAACUUGCAAGCUGCUGUUGCCAAACCCAAGAUACAGUCCUUCUCUGCCCUGGGCAACACGGGCACCCCUUCCUCCCCUGCUGUGCUAGACCUCUCCAAGCCCUCCAGAGUUCCCAUGGAGACCACUGCGGAGGACAGGCCACAGGGAGACAGGGAGACACCAAGCUUUAGUCGAAUGGUCCCAGGAGAGUCGAGGAAAGGUGAGUCUGCAGCAGCUGCAACACCUUACCAGACCCCUGCGGUGGUGCCUUCCAUGCCCUCAGAGCGCGUGGUCACUGGCAACGACAACCCACAGCCUGUGGUGGCAGUUGGCGUAAAGCAGGAGCCAUCUGAGGUGAGGUCACCGCCUGAUGGCCCUGACACCAGCCACCACUCCAACCAGGCGGCCCCUGUGGUGGUGCCUCCUGUGCGCAGCGAGACCAUUGGCUCUGAGGAACCCAAGCAGAGGAACUUCACGUCAGGCAACUCCGGCAGCCGCUCUGACUUGGCAGGUGGCGACAGGGGUGAGCGGGGUGAGAGGAACGAGCGAGGGAGUGGCCGAUGGGAACGUGACCACUCGAGAGACCGCACAGGAGACAGCAGCAGUCACCGGGGCGCCUCAGACCGGUACCGCGACCGCAGCCGGGAGAGAGGCAGCACCCGGGACUACUACAGAGAUGACUCCCCACACAGCCGCCGCUCCUACGACCGUGACUACGACGACCGGCGACGAUGGCGGGGGCGUGACUCGGAUGAUGAUGAGGACAGCGACCGGCGAUACUACGACUCCCGGGACAGGAGGGAGAGGGCGUACCGGGAUGAGAUGGACCGGUAUAGCGACCGCCCACUGAGGGAGGACGGGAAGGAGCGCAGGGAUGGGAGCAAGAGGAGGGACUAUAAGGAUCGCCCCAAGGAUUCUUACCGAGGAGGAUAUGAUGAUGACCCUUACUAUGGAGGCAGCGGCAGGGGAGACAGAUCCCAGCCCCUGUCCCGCUCCAGCAGCAUCAACAACCUGGACGAGAUGGACCGUUCCUCUCACCACCACCACCACCGCUCCCUCCACCACCACCACCACCCCAGGGAUUACUACGACCCCAGGGACUCCCGCUCCAGGGACUCGGAUCCUAGGGACAGGGAUGCCUCUUACUCCUCCAGGGACCACAGGGACUACUACAGGGGGUGGGAGGGGCGUGACGGCAGGAGAGACCAGCGGUAUUACAGUGGCAGGGGUUACGAGGACAUGUACGAGCUCUACCACCAGUACUACCCCUACAGCCAGUACUACAAGGACUACUACCAGUGGGUGAAGCAGUACCGCCAGGCAUACCAGUCCGAGUCCUUCUACGACGACCGCACCAGCAUCCACUCUGGCAGGUCGUCAGUCAACAAUGAGCCUGAGAAGUCUGUCAGCAGUCCCCGCGUGGCCUAUGAUCCUUAUGGCUACUUUUACGGCCCGCCAAGCCAGCCCCCAUGUCACUCCAGCCAGUUCCUCCAGGACUUCCAUGGGACCUCUGCCCUGGGACACUUUGAACCCUCCCCAAUAUACCCUGAAGGUUCACUUUCCCGCCUCAAGUCCUAUCCCAGUGGGGAGCUGAGCGGGGCGCCGUCUGUGGGAGACGACACAGUGAGCGAGCCAGUGCAGCGCAUGACCCCAGUGCACUUUGGCCGGCCACACAUCAGCGCCAGGUUUACACCGUCGGGCCAGCUGGUCAUGGUGCUGCCCAAGGACCCCAGGGAUGGAGAGAAGGCAGUGGUGCAGCUGAGGGAUGUGCAGAAGAUGCUGUGUGUGGACCCUUCUGAGAGUCGAGCCGUCCAGCAGAUGAAGAACUACUCUGGCCCUCUGACCCUGUCUGACACUCACAAGGAUGUGGUGAUGAAGUACUGCGAGCACCAGACGGCUGAGGCAUGUAAGAGCCUCACCCUGCCAGACAAGGAGUCUGUCAUGCUGAUCUGGGAGUACUUGGCCCUCCUGGUGAAGCAGAAUGGCAAGCUCUUUGGCAGUGACAUCGCAGGGCUGCUGCUGAAGGGGCGUGAGGUGGGCCCUGCCCCUGCACACCCCAGCCCCCAUAUGGAGGAGCCCCCAGAGGAUGUACCUCCUGAUACCAGUCCCCAGGAUGAGGGGAUAGACCUGCCUCCACAGCCCUCUGUACUUCCCCCAGGAAGGGAUGAGACAACACUGCUGAAGAAAUUCACAGAGUACCUCUGUCUGGGUCGUAAAAAAGAGGCGGUGGAUUAUGCCAUCCGAGAGGGUCUGUGGGGCCACGCACUGGCCCUGGCCUACAAGAUGGACAGCACCACCCACACCCGGGUGCUGGCUGCCUUCAUGAGUCACAUUCCCCGCACUGAUGUACUCCUCACACUCUUCCAGCAACUCUCGGGCAAGAAGCCAGAGAUCACCAAGAGCUACAGUUCCCAGCACUGGGGUGACUGGAGGCAGCACCUGGCAGUCAUGAUCUCCAACCCCACCGGUGCCAGCCACAAGGACCAGGCCUCCAUCGUGGCACUGGGAGACACCCUGGCUGCUCGGGGACAGCUGCACGCGGCACACUUCUGCUACCUGGUGGCAGAGGUGCAGUGGGGAUCCUACACCUGUAAGGACUCCAAGCUGGUGUUGAUUGGAGCCUCCCACCACCUGCCCUUCCAGGCCUUUGCCACCAUCGAGGCCAUCCAGUGUACUGAGGUGUAUGAGUUUGCCCGCUCCCUUGACGGCAACAACAGCCCUGCACUAGACACCUUCCAGUCCUACAAGUUGGUCUAUGCACUUAGGCUUACCGAGUGUGGCUUCCCUGCUGAGGCCUUGAGAUACUGUGAGGUCAUCAGCCAGUCAGUGGAGAAGAACCCUGCUGCAUACAAAGUGGAGUUCCUGUCACAGGUGUACGACUUGGCCUCCCGCCUCAAGUACCACGAUCUGCACUACCAGAUGUACCAGGGAGAGGUGUCCGAGAUGCCAGACCCACAGUGGCUCACCAACUUGAGGGCAGUUUUGGAUGCAGCUCGGCAGCGAGAGCACCAGGAACGCUUGGAGCACCAGCAGGAUGUCACCAGAACUGAAGAUAUCCAGUCCUACUCCCAGUUGUACUCCCAGGAUCAGCCCACACAAGAGAACCAGACAGUUCCAGUUGAUCCCAAUUAUUCCAUGGCAGAAACCACUCAGCAACACAUCCCACUCAUGGACCCACACAAUAUGAGCUAUGGUGUGCCCACAAGUCAGCCUUACCAGCAGCAAGACUCUGUGUUUGGUGGCCAGCCCUCCUCUGAUAUGAUGGACAACUCACUCUACAAUGCUGGCUCCCACUCCCCCAGCAAGGGUGUUGAUGCUGCCCCUAUGAAUCGCUAUCCUCAGGAGGAGGUACCAUCUGCUGUGGAGACACCCAUGAUGUCACAGCCUUCCCCAGAACACUCCCAGGACGCCACCUACCAGGGCACCUACCACCAGCAGGAGCCUUACCUGCACCCCUCCAGCCAGCAACCCAUCAACUUUGAGCAAGGGAGUGGAGGAGACCAGAGCAUGAGCAGUGACACCUCACUUGCCCAGCCCAGCAGUCAGGCAGGCUAUCAAGGGUACCCACAGCAGGAUGCCUACCAGCAGUGGACACAGCCACAGCCACAGCCUACAGAGGGAGCGGGUAUGCCGGUCCCUCCCGAUGCCACCCCCAAGCCCACAGAGUCCCCAGCCCCACAGCCACAGCGAACCCCUGAGGAGGAAGCGUACUGGGCUGAAAUGUCAAAUAAGAAGGAGGAGGAAUACGAUGAGUUUGGGGGAGAUGUGUAUGAGUACGAGGAGGACUAUGUGGAGGAGGAGGAGUGUGAGGAGGCCCUGGUCAUGGUGGAGGGGAUGCACCGCGAGCCAGCCACUGACUUCCACCUCAGACACCGCCACCCUCACGUUGCCACCAACGCCGCCACCGCCUCUCCACUCUCACUGGACACCUCCACCACCACCACCGCUGUGAACGAAACCCUGGCAUCUGUGGAAAUUUCUUACUCCGAUACACCCACCGCUCAAUUGUCCUCUCCUUCGCCUCUUCUUCCUCUCCCCUCUCCUCCACUACUGUUACAACCAUCCACACAUCCACCACCACUACCACCUCCAACGACGCUCGUGGGUGAUGCGCCCCAUCCACCCUCGUCCCCUAACUGUCUGGCACCUCAGAGCGGAGGCAACAACACCAGCAACAACACCAGCAAGGAGGCCAAAGCUGAGGAGAGCAAACCAGAGGAGGACAAGAAGAAGAGUGCUGGAAAGGAGAGUAAGGCAGGGAAUUCUAACAAGGGGGGCUGGUUCACCAGUUUGUUGGGAUGGAAGAGCUCCACACCACAGGCUGUGCUUCCUGAUGACAAGAAUCCCCAGAUUGUGUGGGACCCAGAUAAGAAGAAAUGGGUGAACAAAGAUGGCACCGAGGAGACCACUGCCCCUGUUGGUCCACCCCCAAAGAUUCCACAGCCUGGCCGGGGACUGCCAGCCAGGAGUGUCAAUCGCAUGACACGCUACGUGGACCCUGUGAAGGACAAGGGGACGGGAGCAGCGGGAACCCAACCUUCUCCAAUGCUUCCCCCAAUGCCCAUGGUGAGCCCCUCUGUGUCCCCCUCCCUCAUGGUGCCCCAGCCCAUGCCACCCACACAGGAGAACAAGGAAGUUGGCGACACUCAACCCCAACCUCAGCAACAGCAGCAGCACCAGCAGCAGCAGCAACAGCAACAGCAACAACAGCCACAGCAGCCUCCACAGAACCCUGAGGUGGCCCAGAUGAGGCGAACGCGAUAUAUAUCAGAAAGCUCCAUUGAUUUAGAGGAUGACUGGCCACCCGCCAAUACUGAGGGGACGUUGAGUGAUGACAUGCGGAGUGCUGUGCCCAUGAUGGCACCGCCAAUGGGUCAGCCUCAGUUCUUUGACCCCUCGCAGUUCAAACCUUCCCCUGGCACCCCUGUCAACACAGCCCGACGUGCUGGUCCCGGCAGGAGAUCCUUCCCUGCUAACCGAUAGGGGGCACUGCUCCCUCGUUAAGCAGGGUUCUUGAUAAUUUUUGUUUUACUGUGAUCCACACCUGUCUCCUAUAGGUUUUAAUUGGAUUUUGUUUAACUUGAAUAUUACAGAGUAUUUAUUACAUAGACUAUAUGACAAAUUUUGAAUCUGAUAACAACAUUGUAUUGAGAGUUAUCCUGUAGCAUAUAUAUAUAUAUAUAUAUAUAUAAAUAUGUAUAUGGAGGUAUACCUUCCACUGGGAAAACUUUGUAGAAUUUUUUAUUUUGUCAACAGAAAUGCAUAUCUAAAUUUAGGAUGUUUAUAAUUAUUAUUAUUAUUAUUAUUAUUAUUAUUAUUAUUAUUAUUAUUAUUGGUGAGUUGUGGCUAGGGUUUUGAGGGGGGGACACUGUAUGAAUCCUUGCUCACUAUCAGCUCGUCUCGGCCAAGCGGGACUGAGGUAAACAGGGUCUUGGGUAAUGAACACCCUCUUGCUGGUACUCGGUCACUCCUCAGGCAAUGACACUGGCUCUUAGUAAACACAGGUCACUUCUGUCUUCAUAAAUGCAGUAGCCAUAAAAGUGCAAAGUAGUUUUCAUGAUAUUUCAUUACUAUUAUUCUACCUUACUGUGUGGUUGUGGAUGGUUUAAUUACCACCAUAUCAUUGAUGUCGGUGGUGGUGGUGGUGGUGGUGUUGGGAGGGGUGAAUGGGAGAAGUCUGCUGCAACUGUGUGUGACAUGUGAUCAGGUGAAUGCUGUUCUGUUUUACUGUCUGGUAGUAGAGGAUUUGGUUGCCACCCUUGUCAGUGAUGGUGGCACUGGUAGUGGUGGUGUGAAAGACAAGUGGGUGAGUGAGUGGUGUGGUAUAAUUGUGUGUGGCAUCUCAUGUGCAGGGUCUGACAACUGUUGGUUAUCACCUUUGUUGUGUGACAUGAAGGCUGCUGGUGGUGCAGUGUCUCCCAACCCUUCCUGUUCUUAGGCUGUAAUAAAGAAAUGAACUCUAUAUACUUAACUCACUUUGGAAAGGUUCAGGUGGUGUUGAGUUACUCUUCUUUCAUUUUUAGAGAUAAUUCCAUUUGGGAGAGAGCCACAACCUACAGCUCUUGUGUCACACUUUAGCUUGCGUUCCUUGUUAGCUUCAUUAGUAGCCUUACUUAAUUCACAGCUAUAUUUCAUUUAACAGACAAAUACCAGUGGUAGUAGUGGACAUAUUCUACAGUGCAAUUUUAUUAUAAUGCAUAUAUUGUUACAGAGAUUAUUCUUUUUAGGGGGACCCAAACUUUCAUCACUUCGUAACACCAGGUUUUGUGGAGAGUUUGAAGGGCCAAUGCAGAUAACAAUGCUUGGGUGCUGUGCUCCAUCGCAUUCACUUGUUGCAAUAUGAAGGUGCAGAUGUCAUUGGUGUUGUGCAAGUUACCAGUGCUCAGAGAGGUGUUGUAAGUGUAAUUGAAGUAAUGAAUUAUGAUGGGAUUAUGAUUAUGGGAUUAUGAUGUUAACAUUGAAGCAUUGCUGUGUUGCCUGGAGAGCUGUCACAAAGAGGAGUGGUGAGCCCUGUCCCUGGUGGUGAGGAACGUUCUCUCCCCAGCAAUAUAUAGUGAUAUUAUUGAACACAGAACAUUAAGGAAAAAAGAAAUUGGGUGCUUGUGAUAGAAAAUGGCUGAACUAUGCAACUCCAUAAUUAAAAUACUACUGGGAAUUUUUCAUUGGAUGCUUCUUCAGACUUCUAACAUUUGUUCAAGUUGCAUAGGCCCUUUUAAUGCCAUUGCUCCAUGGGACUGAAAGGUUGCAGCUGGAAUUUGAGCAAGGCAGCAGGGUGCAUGAUAGGAGGCAGUGGAAGGCUGCUGCUGUUGCUGCCAUUGUAGGAGGAGGGCAGGCAUGAGGUGCUUCUCCUUGGGUGGGGGGAGAGUUUCAUAUUUUAUACCUUAAGUAAAGUUACCCUUGAAGUGACUGCUGGCGAGUUUUUAUACGGGAUUCGUGAUAUUAGGUUAUCGUGAGUUCCCCAAUGGCACAGGUGAGUGGUGUCCUCCGAUGAGUCAGGCUGUGAGGCAGAUUUCUCAUUUCCCACAGACUAGCUCACCCAGCCACCCUCCUGCUCCUUGGUUUCGACUGUUAUCACCCCCACCCUAUCCCAUUAUUAUUAUUCCUGUAAGAGAGAAUCUAUAGGACUGUCUGGUAAAUGUAUAAACUCACACAGGAACCAGAGAUGUACCUUGAUAAUUCUGGUGAGGAGGAAGGGAGCACCAGCUGGGCUCUGAGGCUGCGGGAGGCUGGUGUAGAGCAUCACUUGUGUGUUAACAUUAUUUUUGUCCUGUAAAGUAGCCUUUUGGUUCUUUGCCUGUGUAGACCAGCAUGGCCAGUGUGCUUCCUUUCCUCACAGUAGUUAUUAAAGGUUGGUAUGGGUAUAUUUAAUAUGUUUUGUGUACAUAUUGAUAUAGUAAAAUAUACAUGGUUCCCUUCAUA